CUUGUUGGGAAGAGGGAGAGGAGACCGAAGCAAAGUCAGGAGUUCAGUUUGGCUACUGGGCUAGUCGACCGCCAGACACCACUCUGACACAAAGUUCUGCACGGACAAUACGUCAUCUGUCACUACGUGUCCAGAUCGCGCAGGCCACGCAGAAGGCACGGACUUAACCGCGGCCAUGAGUUCUGUGUACGUCCCCUUGGCCGCCUGCAUGCUGGAUUAUUCCUUUCGGUUUCGGAGACGACGCGAUAUGCAGAAUCUGCUUCCGGGUAGCGUGCUACAUGCUCGUAUAGUCGUAGUUGGCGUCGACGAACUGGGCUGGUAAUCUGCCUCGAAUCAAGUCUCGCGGAGCAAUCACGACUGGCUGCUCAAAACCCCCUCCUGUUGGGAUGCGAGAGUUGGACGAUCCAAACGCCUCGCUCUGCAGCAAUUUGGAGCCUCCUGUACCAUCAGGGAGGGAUUUUACCGUGCAUGGCACCUUCACUGCCCCCUUCCCACCCAACACCACUUACCACCGCUACCGCCACUUAGGGUGGGACUGCCUCGUAUCGUACAUGGUCCAACGCCCUGGCAAAGGCCUGAUGUCGCACGUCCGGGGAGGGACUCGGCCUCGCGUCGUACACAUCCUAUCCACCUAUCAGCUGCCGCCGCCUCCGGAGGGUAUAGGUAUAUGGGUUGCCCUGCAUAGCUGUGGUGGUGGUGCCAUUACUGAAUUGUAAUAAAUUGUUACAUUCCCUCAUUGUACCAAUAAUGUACUAUUAACUGAAUAAUACAUUGUAAUUGUUACAUUCCUCAUUGUGUGAAUAAUAAAUUGAGGUCUACACAAUCUCGAUUGUUUUGGUAUGAGUAAUACACUGUAAUAAAUUUUUAUUCCUCAUUGUGCUAGUAAUGUACUUGUUAUUACUGAAUAAUAAACUGAAAUCUAUC